AUGGAAACCGAUGAUAUCGAUAAUAUGCUCAUUCGUCAGCUGUCUUGCUUAGGGACUAGCGAUAAAGAUGUGCUGGUGAAGCAAUUUCAAAGCAUCCUUGGGGACGUCUCGCUUUCUCCAGAAUUAUGCGCAUUCUUCCUGGAUAUGUCGAAUUGGAAUCUCCAAGAUGCUGUAGGAGCCUAUUACGAUCACGGUCACGCUAACAAUGUUAAUGAAAUUGGUGUAGACUUACCCUUACUAAAUAUGCAACUUGUCAGAGACGUCACGAUCGGCGAGGGUGAAUCCGUUCCUCCGAAGACCCGUUUUGUGAAGUCUUGGCGAGUCAAAAAUACUGGAGGAGUUCAUUGGCCUCAGGGAACCGCUUUAUGUUUUGUCGACGUCAUUGUUCAAACAGGAACUCCUCUUUCGUGUGAGCGAAGAGUACCGGUUGCAUGUCUUGGGCCAGGCGGCGAAGCAGAAUUGAAUGUAGAAAUGAUUAGUCCAUCAACUCCAGGAAUUUAUCAGAGUCGUUGGCAGCUCAACACUCCACAGAGUGUACCAUUUGGUGGUGAGUUCACAAUAUAG